AUGCUCAGCACCAUUACUAUUUCCGAAUCCAGUUCUGUCAUUUCGCUUACGGAGCUGGACCACCCGCUGUUUUCUACCAUGAAUGCAGGAAAGCUGGAUGCUUUGAAAACACUCUGGCACCAGAGUGGAAAUAUCCUUUGGGUCACUACCGGUGCUAGAGCGAUUAAUCCUCAUUGUUACAUGACUCUUGGUGUAGGGCGUUGUAUGAGAUUCAAGUAUCCUAACAUCACCCUCGAGAUGCUCGAUAUCGACCGUGUCACCAAUGGGACUUCUGCUCUCAUAGCAGAACACUUUAUUCGCUUGGAAGUGCUUGAUAAAUGGUCACGAGAAUUGAGAAAAGAGGACUUCCUUUGGUCUCUUGAACCAGAAAUGUACGUUGAAAACGACAUAACUGUUAUCCCGAGGCUAUACCCCUACGAUGCCGGAAAUAAACGAUACAACGCUUCUCGUCGAACUGUGAGCGAAACUAUUAACCUCCAAGAAUCAAAACUGCUCCUUGCUGGUGACAACGAAUCAUGGGAGGUGCGGAUUGCCUCUCCACUGCAUAUUUCAACCCCAUUAUCGUUUACAACAGAUAUGCAUACGAUACACGUGACAAAUUUCUUGCUGUCCACGAUCAGUAUGCUCCCUGGGUGUCGACUGAUGGCCUGUACCGGUAUCAAUAUGGCCUCAAGUGAGAAUGUUCUCGCGGUCACUCAUAGCAUAGAAACUCCAGUGUCCAUCCCUUCAUCUUGGUGCAUACCCAUCGGUAAAGUUGACCCAAUAAAAGCGCUUGGUGUUUUCUCAUCUCAUAUAAUGGCACGUACCAUCCUACGACUAUCAAACACGGGCGAUCAGUUUAUUGUUCAUGAUCCUCAUCCGACGGUCGCCAAUGUCAUGCAUGCCAUGGCGGACGAUAAUUCUUUCAGGGUUCAUUUUACCACUUCAACCCAGAAGAACGUCAAAAAAGGAUGGCAUUACCUCCCUGAGAAUAUCUCUGAACGCGUUGUCCGACAAAUGCUGCCCUCAACUGCGACAAAAUUUAUCAAUAUGUCUCUAGGACGUGAGAUUUCUGCCAUCGAGAAACUCAUAGUUCGAUGUUUGCCUCCACAUUGCGAAAUCACUGAUCCCUCGCGGCUUUUUGGUACUGGCGCAUUUGUCAGAGCAUUUGUCUCUGAGAGCGAAGUUUCUUAUGAGUUAAAACUAGCUCUAAAGAGUAUUGACUUGCUUGCACAGCGGGAUACUUUUGUUUCUGAUGUGCCUGCAAUUCAAAUUCAGAAUAUUUCAGACAACCAAGUCAUUGCUGCCCAACAGUUUGCCAUUGCGGAUUGCACUAGUCCUUCAAUUACGACUGCAAUUUCUCUCAUCGACGAGGGUGCGAUUUUCCAACCUGAUAAGACUUAUUUUUUUGUUGGUCUCUCCGGCGAGCUAGGCCAAUCGCUCUGCAGGUGGAUGGUCGCUCAUGGCGCAAGGUACAUGGUGCUCACUAGCCGAAGUCCCAGUAUUCACCCUAAUUUACUUCGUGAAAUGGAAAAUAUGGGUGCUAGCAUCAAGGUUAUGUCAAUGUAAGUUGCACUGCCUCCAAAAAGUGCAAGAUAAACGGCUAAUUGCGUCAAACAGGGACAGCACUGAUCGUCAGUCUUUGUACGUGUGUCAUGAAUCAAUAAUAAAGUCCAUGCCUCCAAUAGGAGGUGUUGCAAACGGUGCCAUGGUUCUCGAGGACUGUUUACUCGAAAACAUGUCCUACGAAGGUUUGACCAAGGUUCUAAGCCCCAAAGUUCUUGGGUCUCAGCUUCUGGAUGAGCUAUUCCACGAUGUGCCUCUUGACUUCUUUAUUUUAUUCUCCUCUGGGACAGCUGUUAUAGGAAAUACCGGACAAAGCAACUACAUCGCGGCCAAUAUGUUCAUAAACUCUCUUGCUGCGCAAAGGAAAAAGCGUGGCGUUGCCGGAUCAUCUAUUAAUAUCAGCCCAGUCAUAGGCAUUGGAUAUGUUGAGAGGGCAGAAGAUCCUAGCGAAGAUAAUUUCACCAAGAUUGGUUACAAGCCAAUGUCGGAGCAAGACGUGCAGCUGUUGUUCGCUGAAGCCAUUAUGCUCGGUCGACCAGAUUCUUCCGAAAUAUGUGAAUUAACCACUGGAAUAACGCCAACUUUCACAGAUGCCCAAUUUAAAGACCAAUAUCUGAAAGAUGUCAAGUUCGGCCACUUUCUCACGGAACGCCAGAGUAUGCAUGAUCAGGGCGGCAACGUAUCUUCGUUACCGGUAAGAUUGCAGCUUGCAGGAGUUAAGACAAAGGCGGAAGCCAUUUCAAUCAUCAGAGGUAGAUCAAAAUUCCCCAUUGGACUAUCAAACAUCACUGACGCAAUAAUAGAGUCUUUCAUGGCCAGAUUGAGCAGAAUCCUAGCUGUUUCGCCAGAGGAAGUCGUAAGCGAAAAGGUAACCCUUGUAGAGCAAGGUAUAGAUUCCCUCAUGGCUGUUGAGGUACGUACUUGGUUUCUCAAGGAGCUGGAUGUCGAUCUUCCGGUCCUCAAGAUCCUGGGUAGCAGCUCGAUCAAUGAUCUGCUGGAUCAAGCUUCCACGCUAUUGCCACCUUCUGUUGUCGCUUUCUCGGCGCUUGCCGCUGGUCAAGAGCCAAUGGCCGGGAGAAGCAGUGAAUCUUCUGUCAACACUGGAGCAUCGCCAGGAUCCUUUCGCUCAGCGGUCGAUGACGCUCAAAGUAUUCAACCCUUGGUUCUACUACAGUACACACUGAAGUGGACACACUCGCACCGUUGAAUGUUUCCAUGUCCUCUCCCACAUUCGACUACGAGCGGCCUGGCGAAACUUCAACUACACAACAUCCAUCCGGCACUUCCAACCAGCCUCUCGAUGAGUCCUCCAGUCCGAUGUCAUUCGUCCAAGCGGCAUUUUGGUUCUUCAACGAGUAUCUCUCCGAUAAAAAGGCGUUCAAUGUGGCCGUAAUGUUGAAACUUACCGGCUCCGUUGAUAUAAGUUCGUUUGAAACUGCCGUGGAAGUAAUUGGAAAACGCCAUGAGAUCCUCCGUACUCGGUUGUUCUACUCAAUAGAAGGCAAUGAUCGAACGCCUAUGCAGGGAAUCAGACAAACCUCAGCUACGAGAUUAAUCACGAAACGACUAGCUUCGGAAGCAGAAGCAGACUUGGAGCUUCAACGCAUUCACGACAAAGAGUGGGAUCUUUCGAGUGGAGACACAGUGAACAUAUCUCUUCUUUCCUUAAACGACCAAACCCAUUUUCUCCUCAUCGGGAUGCAUCAUAUCUUCCUAGAUGGAUACAGUUUCAGUAUCUACUUCAAGGAUCUCGAAGAUGCUUACAGAAAGCAUACUCUGCCAAUCUUAGCAGCUGAAUCCCAGUAUCGUUAUUUUGCCACUCAGCAGAGACAAUUGUACGAGAAUGGAGGACUGGACAAGAUCAUCAACCACUACCGGAAAGAGCUUUCUACACAACCCAAGCCUAUUGAACUAUUACCAUUCGCCAAGACAGUGACAAGAGAGGUCGUGAACUACAGCCAGCACGAAGCAACCGUGGACAUAGAUGCUAGUCUUGCUGCAAAGAUACGACAACUAGCACGGCAAAAUCGAUCUACUUCUUUCCACGUCUAUCUGAGCGCUGUGCAAGCUCUCCUGUUCAAACUACUCCCCGACACCAGAGAUAUUUGGAUCGGAAUUGCAGAUGCUAAUCGCGGGAACAAAGACACCAUGAACAGCGUAGGAUUCUUCCUAAAUCUUCUUCCGCUGCACUUCCGCAGACAUGAUUCAUCCUCUACAGUUGAUUCUACCAUAAGAGCGGCGCGCGAUAUAGCAUACGAGGCAUUGCAGUACUCCCAGUUGCCUUUUGAUGUGCUUCUAAGAGAGGUGCAGGUUCCAAGAUCAAACGCGCACACACCAAUAUUUCAAGUUUUCUUGGAUUACAGACAAGUUGUGCAAGAGCGGGCCGAUUGGGGAGACUGCAAAAUCGAAGAUGAGAAAUGGCGCAACGCUGCCACCGGAUAUGAUAUUUCGCUAGAAAUUACUGAAAAGGUCAACUCUUCUACGGCAAUCAGCCUACGGCUUCAAGAUUCGCUAUAUUCUCAAGAAAAUACUCAGCUUUUCCUCCGUUCUUACAUUAAAGUCCUCGACUUCAUGGUCGAAAAUCCACAGAAACAUGUUCAAGACAUUGGAGCUUGGUCCACAUUUGAUCUUCAGACAGCUCUGUCAAUAGGUAAAGGUAAGUCAUUUUGAAUUGGAGGUGACACGGAGAUGACUGACUGAAUGCGUAAAAGCACACGAGUUCAACUUCGAGUGGAAACCUGCAAUAAGCCACCGGAUCGAUGAGAUUAUUAGAAACCACCCUUCCGAAAUUGCUUUGAAAGACGGCAACGGAAAUGAGUUGACAUACACGCAAAUGGAGGUUCGAGUUGACGCUAUAGACCGAGUCUUCCGAGAUUCUGGGACAAUCAAGGGAGCUAUCGUUGGUGUGUUUAAAGAACCAUCCUCGGACUGGAUUUGUUCAAUGCUGGCUAUCCUCAGGGCUGGUGCAGUAUAUGUACCGCUCGACCUACGCAAUUCCAUCCCACGUCUCGCUAGCAUUGUCAAAGCCGCCGUUCCUACCAUAAUUCUCACAGAUAGCGCCACAACCACACAGGUCGAGUCCAUUGGGGCUAGUAACGCCAGAGAGAUAACAGUGUCCCGCUUGUCGAACUCGCAAAUGGCCGUGACCUCACUGCCAAAUCAUGCAAUGGCCAACGCUCAAGCUGUCAUUCUUUUCACAAGCGGUCCCACUGAUGAACCAAAGGGCAUUGUGAUGACCCAUGAAAAUAUCGUGGCAUCUGCGGAAGCGUCCAGCACCACUUUCGCGAACUCUCAGAGCCGCCUGAUCGUGUUGCAGCAGAGCCCUUUCAGUUUUGACCUUUCCCUCGACCAGAUAUUUGCUGCUCUGGCCAAAGGAGGGUGCCUGGUUAUCGUGCCAGCCCGCAGUAGGGGAGAUCCUAUUGAAAUCAGUAAGAUAAUGAUUGCCGAAAGAGUGACUUACACGUGCGCCACACCUUCCGAGUAUGCCAUGUGGAUGAGGUAUAGCUCAGAUUAUCUGCGCCGUUGUAAGUCUUGGGAAUAUGCAUUCUCAGGCGGCGAAGCAAUGAGCCAUGGGCUCGCGCUCGAGUUUCCAAACCUGGAACUUCCUGGCCUCGAUCUUUUCAAAGGUUAUGGACCAGCAGAGACGACAAUGUACUCAACGAAAAUUGAGCUAGAAUGGUCAAAUCCACAACUUCCAGAUCCUUUGCCAGCCGGAUUUAUGCUACCAGGAUACUCGGUCUGCAUCGUUGAUUCCAACUUACAACCGGUCCCUUCUGGUGUAUCUGGUGAAAUCAUCAUUGGCGGGCCCUGCGUUGUGUCAGGCUAUCUUAACGAUGCCGAAUUAACGAAACAAAGGUUCAUUCCCGAUGUUUUCUUCGGGAGUCCUAACAACGUUUAUCGAACUGGAGAUCGGGGUCGUCUUCUAGGAGAUGGCACUCUGUUCUGUGAUGGCCGUCUUGACGGAGAUACUCAGGUCAAGGUGCGCGGCUUUCGCGUGGAGAUGGAAGAGGUCGAAAAGGUGCUGGUUAAUUAUUCCGCAGGUGUCCUUCUACACGCAGUUGUCACGCUUCGGGGGCAUGGGGAGGGAAGCCAUUUGGUGGCACACGUCGUGUUUGCGAACGACUACCCACCCGAGAAACAGGAAGAGAAAGCACAGUCCCUUUGCCACAGCCUCCCACUGCCCUCUUACAUGCGGCCGUCCAUGAUUAUAACAUUGGCGGACAUUCCCAAGACUCCUCAUCUCAAAAUCGAUAGAAAGACUAUCGAAGCAAUGCCGCUUCCUAGCAAAAGAAACGGUUCUUACGCCUCCAAUACUAUCACUAUUGCAGAGCGGAUUAUGUCAGAGCUCUGGCGGGACAUUAUGCCCAUCGACCCCGGACCACUUACCGCAGACUCUGACUUUUUCUCGCUGGCGGUAACUCAAUUCUUCUGGUGAAGCUGCAGUCGAUGAUUCAGAAAUCAUUCCACACUACCCCAAAACCUAUCACUCUCAUGGCAGCCAGUACUCUUAGGGAAAUGGCUACCACUGCUGAUAGCCUCCCAGCCAGCAAAAUUGACUGGGAGGUAGAGACAUGUCUACCAGAUCCUACGCAGAGAGUCUUGCCGACAUUGAAGCGUAGCACGGAGCGUACCAUGAAGGAGAAAGGCUUCACAGUUUUGCUGACCGGAUCGGUGGGUUUUCUUGGACGUCAUCUGCUUAGAAGCAUGAUUGGAGAUUCCAAAAUUUCUCGAAUUAUCCUUUUGCUUCGCCAUGUCGAGACCGCCAAAAUUCUUGAAGGUUUAGAGGCAGAGAAAGUAAUCAUCAUGAAAGCCGACCUUUCGAGGCCUCAUCUCAGCCUUCAAGAGGAGUCUUUUGACACACUCGUGGAUGAAACGGAUGUUAUUAUCCAUUGUGCUGCCAAUCGAUCGUUUUGGGAUAGAUAUGAUGUCCUGCGACCUGAUAAUGUCGACUCGGUCAAAGAAUUGACCCAACUGGCUGCUGUCCACGCCAUUCCAAUGCAUUUCAUCUCAUCGGGCGCUGUGGAAUCCUACAUGGAUACGAACACCAAUCCGCCGAAUGACGGUAGCGAUGGUUAUGUAUCUACAAAAUGGGCCGCGGAGGUAUACCUUGGACAGGCUGCCCCUAUGUUGAACAUGCCAAUCACUAUUCAUCGGCCAAGUAACAGUCUUUUUGCUACGUAA